AUGUCCCGCCAAAAACAGCGCACGCCACCCCUCGUAAACCCCCGCCUCGCCCACUCCCAAAUCUCCAUCCCCGUCCCCAACCUUCAAACCCCCCCACCCACCUCCCCACGCCGCAAGCUGGGCCUACUACACCAGCACCACCAUUCCUCCUCAUCAACAUCCUCCAUUCCCCGCGCCAUCACCACCACCAGCGCCGCUACCACCACCCCCCGCCCCACCGCCACAACAACAACCACCACCAACCCCACCAUCUCCGCCACCCCCGCCAGCCGCAGCAGCAGCCGCGCCAGCACCACCAACAGCAACCCCUGCAACCCCAGCCACAGCCGAGCCGGCAGCCGAGCCGACAGCAGAGCUGACAGCCGCGCCGGCAGCGCCCUCAGCCUGCGCCUGCACACGGGCACAGGCACGGGUGUCGGCAUCGGCCUGGGCGCUGGCCUACCCGUCUCGCCGCUGCCGGCGGCGGCGGCGGCCACGUCGUCGUUUUGGCGGGGUAGGGCGCGCGGGGCGAGCCGGGCGGGCGGUGCGGGCGGGGCGGGCGGGCAGCGGUUUGUUUCGGGGGUGGGGACGGGGUCGGAGGGGUCGGGGUUCUCGCCUUUGAGGCCAGGGGUUGGUGUUGGGGUGAGGACGGGUCAGAGUCAGGGUCAGAGUCAAGGCCAGGGUCAGGGUCAAGAUGAAGAUCAAGGUCAGGGCGAUGAGGGGGGGCAGGAAGGGGAUGGUGAUUCGAGCAGUCCGAGCCGCAGUUUGAGUCAGAGCUGGAGUGACCUUGCGGGGGAAGUGGAAGGGGCCGAGAGGGGGGGAGAAGAAAGGGAAGGGGAAGGGGAUGGAGACGGGGAUGGAGAGGCAGAGGGAGAAGGGGAGGGGGAAGGCGGUUUCUUCGAAGAGAACGGGUCUGGCACUGCCAGCCAGCGGCAUAGCUGGGACAGUGUUGCGACUGUGAAGGAGGAAACUGGCCGGGUUCGAUUUCUUGAUUAUGACUAUGCGGAUGAUGGAGGGGAUACGCACGUCGGAGAGGGCUCCGACGGGUACAAGGACGCCCAGGAAUACGGCAGCUUCCAAGGACGCGACGACCCGCGCAGCAACGAGGGCUCUUGCGGAUAUGCUGCAUCACCUGAACGUGUGAGUUCACAGAAGUACGUGGAACCACAGGCAUAUGAGAUCAGGACCGAGGGCAAGCAUGACCUUGGACAGCAAUAUCGCGAGUAUGACACCGGCCGGUAUGGGGAUGAGAAGCUCGGUGGGGCUGGGAUGGGGGUGUUGGGAAAGGGCGAGGAUCAGAGGGAUGGUGGAGAUUACGACAGGGAGAUACAACUACCAUCGAAAUGGGACAGGAGUCAGGGUCUGGAACGGAUCAUAGAGGAAACUCAAGAGACCGAAACCGACACCCUCCCACCGGGCAGGAUCAUGCUUAUGGAGCGGCUGUGCGAUCUGGUGCAGAGGCUGUCCUCGGUGAGGGUCGGCGGCGGCUUGGAAGCCGAUGUUCUUGACGUCUUGAACGUGAAAGUCGACGAGAUGGAUGACCUCUUGGUGCUUGCGGAGGAGACGGCCGAGGCAGAAGCCACGGCGGACAUGGAAAUGCAAGCCAUACCUGAAGACGAAGAGGAACAACUUGGCAACGAGGACGCACCAGCGCAGGCUACGACUGAGGACGGAGAGGAAGCAGCCACAGAAGUCCAACCAACAAAGCAAGAGGGAGGAUUGGAAACGGAGAGCGGAGGUGAAACAAGGGAGGAACCGUCCAAGUCCGGAUCCGGAGAAAACGACGAGUGGGGCAGCGGAAUGUCGCCGGCCAUGUUCCCCGUGCCAAUGCUCCGGGUUGGGAACCAAGACAUCCGCGACCUCGCCAGUCCCCUUCCAUGGCUCACCUCCAGCUUCAAAUACUCUGAACUCUCGAUAUCCCCGACCCGGUCGAGCCCCGAGCUCGCUGCGGCCACCAACGAGGCCCUUGAGGCAGCCAAGCAGGCCGCCCAAGCCCAAGCUGACAUGGCCGAGCGAGUGGCAUCCGAAGCAAACAGGUUGAACUGCGAGCUAGCCGAAAUCGUCAAAAAUCUGCAGGCCCGAAAGGAAGAGUCCGACCACCUCCACGCCCUCCUGAUCGACCGCACCGAGGCCGCCGCCACGCGCGUGCUCGACCUCGAGCAAGAAAUCUGCGACCUCGAAGACGACAUCCUGUCCGGCGAAUCCGAGCUGCGGCACCUGCGCCUCAAGCUCCGGGCCGUGGAAACGCUCUGGCAGGAGACGGCACGCCCGGACACGGCGGGCGGUGGCGGCGACCCGGACCUGGUGCGCAGCAUCGAGAACUGGAAGGCCGACUGGGUGCUCGUGCGCGACCGCAUGCUCGACCGCAAGAAGGACCGCCGCGCCCGCCGCCUGCGCCUGCACCGCGCGGGGUGCGUCAUCAACUCGUUGGAGGAGCGCGAGCAGGAGACCACGACGAGUAGUCUGGGGGGGUUGUCCAUGUCGGUGUCGUUGCUGGGGUUGGGGGGUGGAGGUGCUAAGGGUGGGAGCGGGGGCGGGGGUGGUAUUGCUGUUGCUGGUCCGAGGAGUCCGAGGAAGAGGGCAUGA